GCGUAUCCUUAUUCUAUACUACUUUCGUUAAGCACCUGCCAUUCUGUUAAUAUUGAUAAUAUGCCUCGCCAACUCGACAUUGCCAAAAACUGGAUUAAUUAUCAGCGGACAGCUCGGCAGCUCACAUGUGAUUUCUGUCAAGAAGACAUAAAGCCGCCCACAAAGGCUGGCUUCGAGCAACAUGUUCGGGAAUCUCCCGAAAACCAUCCAAAAGAAGAGAAGGAUAUUUUGGAUGCCUUGGAGAAGAUGAAGCUGGCGUCUUCUCGAGUUCAACCUCAAUUUUCACAUCAGUUUUCAGAUAAUGAUCAAGCCAAGAGGUCCAAAAAAAGACCCGGGGGCACAACUGCCCGAGAUUUGGCAGAAGGCCAGCAGAACCUUGAUAAUGUAAAUUCGAAUAAUAGAGAAGGUUCUGACAAUGAAAGGGACAGUAAGAAACAGCGAUCUCCUAGUAACUCGCCCACGCCGCGCACUUCGCAGAGGCAUAGGCGCCGGCAACAAGCUGAAAAUGACAGAGACUUUGAUCGCGGGACUAAAAAUCUCAGCAAUUGGCCGCUCUGGGCCCCAGGUGGUGCUGCCUUAGCUAAGCCCCCUCAAACGAAAACACAACAGUCUGGUCAAUGGUCGAAGCAGCUGCCUCUCAGCAAAGUGGAGGAACCCGAACCAGACCCAAGGGCAGAAGCAGAGGCGGACGAAUCAUUUACCGAGCAUCCUUCUGUGUCGCAGAUGAUUCGUCAACCAGAGACUCGGCCAAUCUCACAAGAGCAGCUCGUUGCCGAAGUCAAAGGCAUAUAUGCCGGCUUGGUCAUGGUGGAAAGCAAGUGUAUAGAGGUGGAUAACGCUCAAUCGUCUAAUAAAGACUCGCCACAGCAGCUGAACAACGAGCAGUGGCAAGCACUUAUUGCUCUGCAUCGCACACUGCUUCAUGAGCACCAUGAUUUCUUCCUCGCCAGCCAGCAUCCGUCCGCCAGCCCGGCACUUCGGCGAUUAGCAUCCAAGUACGCUAUGCCGGCGCGCAUGUGGCGGCAUGGAAUUCACUCAUUCCUCGAGCUCCUAAGACACAGAUUACCGCAGUCUCUAGAGCAUAUGCUCACCUUCAUCUACAUCGCAUACAGUAUGAUGGCCCUUCUAUAUGAGACUGUGCCUGUAUUUGAAGACACUUGGAUUGAAUGCCUUGGAGAUCUGGGAAGAUAUCGUAUGGCCAUUGAAGACGACGACAUUAGAGACCGGGAAACCUGGACAGCAGUAUCUCGAUAUUGGUACUCAAAAGCCUCAGAUAAACUACCGACCACAGGGCGUCUCUAUCAUCACCUAGCUAUCCUCGCUCGCCCCAACGCGCUGCAGCAAACCUACUACUACACAAAGUCUCUGUGCGUCCCUAUACCAUUCUUGAGUGCUAGAGAGAGCGUCAUGACUCUAUUUGACCCUGUCUUGAGCUCAAGCCCGCCUCGUUUGGAGCUGAUUGACCUUGCCUUUGUACGAGUUCUGGCCAUAUUUUUCUCUGGAAAGGAAAAGCAUGAAUUAGGACCUGCGGCUGAGCAAUUCUUAAGCCUCCUGGAUGGACAUAUUGCCAGGACAAGAAAAAGCUGGCUAGAAGCUGGAUAUUAUAUGGGCAUAUCUAUAACAUGCUCUCUCUUUAGAUUUGGUAAUGAUUCCAAUGUCCUGAAAAACGCCAUUACCCCCAAACGAUCUGACGAUAUGGACAUUACGGGCGAAGUGAUUUCUCCGGAAGCCAUCCCUACUGAUGUGUUCCAUCAAUCGCUCUCAUUUGCUGUGCAGACUCUUGAGAUAGUUAUUCGGCGGUGGGGAGAUAUGAAUAUACUACCCUUUCUUCAUACGCAAAUGGUGUUUCUACACCAUUUGUCUAAAUUCCCCUCUGCUAUAAAGUUUAUUGAGCAUAAGUAUCCUUGGAGGCUUAUAGCAAUAAUGCUAAAUUACUUGAAACAAUCCUGCAAAUUUAAGCCUUGCAUGGACAGCAAAGUAUUCCCAGGAGCAGAGAACCAGGAUCACUACCGGCCUCUUCCAGAAGAUUACGCUAUGCGUGGCUUAAUUUAUACAGAAGAAUACUUUCCAGUAAAAUGGUUUGCUGGUGAAGCAGUUGAAGAGGAUGAGAAAUAUUUUGAACAAGCUUUAAUGGUAGAUUCCAGAAAGGAAAGGAUAUUGUGGAUCGGAAAGCAGAUUUCUUCCCUGAACAAAUGGCUAGUCUGGGAUGAAGAGAGUGCCAAGUUCACUGUGCCAGAGGAGUUUGAUAUUGAUUUCGCUGCUAGAUCACCUGCGAUGGGUGCUAAGGAGAUUGUAGACCUAGGGGCUGGUCCGCACGAUACCUCUCGUCAUGCAGAUUGA